AUGUUCGGCCUGAAGAGAAACGCAGUAAUCGGACUGAACCUCUACUGUGGGGGAGCCGGAUUAGGACAGGGCAGCGGCGCCUCCUCUCCCGGGGGGCGGCUUUUGGCUGCGGGGAAGGAGGCCACGGCGCGGCGAGAGGUAGGGGGAGGGGAAACCGGCACGGUGAUUGGCGGAAGCGCCGGCCCGAGCCCCCCGGCCACUCUUGCGCCCGACGCCCGGAGGGUCGCGCGGCCCUCGCCCAUUGGCGCCGAGGGCCCCGACGUCACUGCGACCCCCACCAGACUGCUGUUCUUCGCGCCCACACGCCACGCGUCGCCGCCUGAAGAGAUGGAAUCCCCGAUCUCCGACGCCAUCAUGUCGCCCGAAGAGGAGCUGGACGGGUGCGAGCCAGACCCUCUCGGGAAGCGGCCUGCCGUCCGGUCUUUACCUUUGUUGGUCGGGGAAGCCAGUAACAACAGUCCAGGCUCGGACGGCUCGCUGCCCUCGACGCCGCCCCCAGCAGAGGAGGAGGAGGACGAGUUAUAUCGGCAGUCCCUGGAGAUUAUCUCUCAGUACCUCCGGGAGCAGGCAACCGGCGCCAAGGACGCGAAGCCCCUGGGCGGGUCUGGGGCCACCAGCCGGAAGGCGUUGGAGACCCUGCGCCGAGUCGGGGAUGGGGUGCAGCGCAACCACGAGACGGCUUUCCAAGGCAUGCUUCGGAAACUGGACAUCAAAAACGAAGACGAUGUCAAAUCUUUGUCUCGAGUGAUGGUUCAUGUUUUCAGUGACGGAGUAACAAACUGGGGCAGGAUUGUGACUCUUAUUUCUUUUGGUGCCUUUGUGGCCAAACACUUGAAGAGUAUAAAUCAAGAAAGCUGCAUCGAACCACUAGCCGAAAGCAUCACAGAUGUUCUCGUAAGGUCAAAACGAGACUGGAUAGUCAAACAAAGAGGCUGGGAUGGGUUUGUGGAGUUCUUCCAUGUAGAGGACCUAGAAGGCGGCAUCAGAAAUGUGCUGCUGGCUUUUGCAGGUGUUGCCGGAGUAGGAGCUGGUUUGGCAUAUCUAAUAAGAUAG